AUGAAGGAAAAUAAGUGUGCGAUUUGGUAUGAAAUGGCCCUUAUAUAUAUACUUUUUGAGGCCUUUCGUGCUCUGAACGGUUUUUAUAACUAUGCUGGGGCCAGACAGAAGCAUGGUCCCCGGCAGUCAUUCGAUGGGGCACCUUUCGUCCAAGUGUUCAAGCGAAUAGCACAGUUGUCUUUUAACGCUCUAGCUCGCAUUAUAGCUCGUGAAUUAUCUGGUCGCGCUUAUUCAUUACCAUCGCGUUUGAAGGAGCAGAUUAUGAGUGACCAAACAGUGUGA